CUAUCCAUCAUCUAUAGUCCAAAAUGUAUCUUCUAAGGUUAUCUCCUCUCCAUCUCCUAUCCUUCUUUGCUCUUCUUCUCCAAGCUGUUCUUGGAGCUGACCCUCUCUAUCAUUUCUGCUCAAAUUCUAAGAACUACACUUCCAAAAGCACCUAUGAAACCAACUUGAACAAGGUGAUGAAAUCUCUCAUCAAUACUGUUCCUUCCAAAGGCUUUGGAGUUGCCUCAGCUGGCAAAGAUCCUGAUGAGGUAUAUGGGCUUGGUCUAUGUAGAGGUGAUGUCUCAAGCACUGAUUGUAAGAGUUGUCUUACCGACGCAGACCCCGAGCUUCGCAGUCGCUGCCCUAAUGACAAAGAAGCUAUCAUUUGGUAUGAUUAUUGUGAAUUGAAAUACUCUUAUGAUGAUUUCUUUGGUAAGAUUGAUACCAAGUAUAUAUUCUAUAUGUGGAAUACACAGAAUGUAAGUGAUCCUGCAACAUUCAAUUACAAAGUUAAGGAAUUGCUUAACCAGGUAGCAACUGAAGCUUAUCAAAGUAAAAAGUUUUAUGCUACUGGAGAGUUAGUGAUUGAUAGUUCAGAGAAACUCUAUGGUUUGGCUCAGUGCACAAGGGAUCUCUCUAGUGCUUACUGCAAGGAGUGCUUGGAUAAUGCAAUAAGUGACCUUCCUAAUUGUUGUGAUGGUAAAAGAGGAGGAAGAGUUGUUGGUGGUAGUUGCAAUAUAAGAUAUGAGCUUUACUCCUUUGUAAAUUCUUAGAACAAGAAGAUUGAUCAUGAUUAGGGUUUAGGGUUCAUCCAUACACAGUUUACUACUAAAUAAAGUGUUAUAGGAUUGGGAACCCG